AUGCUUGUUACGGCGGGUUUAAGGUAUACAAGGUCUAUCUGUUACUAUCCACUGAACCUAAGACUGAGUCUCGGUGAUGACUUACAGGAAGCCGAACAUCCGAUUUGUCUGAACGGAAAAGAUCCAGUUCUCAUUGAGAAAGUGCUGGAAAUUACAGCGCUCCAUGGAGGGCAUAGAAAGGUGGUGCAGGUGCUGCUGGAUUGGGGGGCCGAUGUCAACGCUCAGGGUGGACCCUAUGGCAAUGCACUCCAGGCCGCUUCAAUCAAGGGCCAUGAAAAGCUGGUGCAGAUGCUGCUGGAUCGAGGUAUCGACAUUGACGCCCAAAGUGGAGGCUUCGGCAAUGCACUCCAGGCCGCAUCAAUCAAGGAUCAUGAAAAGGUCGUGCAGAUGCUCGUGAGCAGAGGGGCUGGCCUGGAUAUCAGAGACUCUACAUAUGGGCACACUCCACUCUCACUGGCAGCAGAGAAAGGGCACAAUGCUAUCGUCAAGAUUUUGCUCAGUACAGGGAAGGUUUGCGUUAAUGCGAAAGAUAACUGUGGUCGGACACCGCUGUUUGUGGCGGCCCAGUAUGGACGUGACACUGUUGCAAAGGCAAUCCUCAUCGAUGAUUUUGUUGAUCCGGACCAGAAAGAUCAUUAUGGCUCAACGCCGCUAUCAGUAGCUGUACGACACGGUCAUAUAGAGGUGGUAAAGGUGUUGCUGGCUACGGGAAUUGUCAGUUGUGACUUUCACGAUUGUUUUGGCCGGUCUGUGUUCUGGUGGGCUAAACGGAGUGGAAAUGCCGAUAUUGAGAAAAUGUGGGCUGACUAUUCCAAGAGGCGGGGUCUGCCAAGGUGUGGUGAUGAGUCUGCUGACGUACGGUCUAUACACCAUGAAGAGAAUCGGAGAGAGAAUGGUGAAGCUAAGUAG